AUGAGUUUCCCUCACACAUCGACAUCGCCUUGGCUCAGUUCAAAGGUUGUCAUAUCAACUGCAGCGUUUGUUGGCAUCCUUGCUGGCGGAUAUUUUUAUUAUAAAAAACACCACCCUUCCAAGUGUGACCAGCCAUCUAGCAGCUCGUCUCGGUGUACCUUAUUCGCCUGUGAAACGUUGACAGAUUGCCUUAAUGCAGCCUCGGUCAAGGUGAGUUCUUUGUUUAAACCGGGACAAAGAGAAGCAGUCCAGUGUGCAUCAUUGCAUGAAACAGGUUCGCAAAAGUGCGAUCUUGCCUUUGCAAAGGAGAAAAAGGUUUUGGGAAACAAAUUCUUCUCGGAAGGGAAAAUGGCCGAGGCCAUCGACUGCUACUCGGAAUCGAUUUCGAAUCUUCCAGAUGGUUCCUAUGAACUUUCUAUAUGCUACUGCAAUAGAGCUGCAUGCUAUCUUUCACAGGGAAAUUACCAAAAAGUCGUCGAGGACUGCACUGUGGCAAUUAGAUGUUCUCCCCUCUAUUUAAAAGCUUACGAAAGACGUUCUCGUGCAUAUGAAUCACUUGGUCAAUUGGAAGAUGCCUUGAGCGACCUUACAGCUUGCUGCGUGAUCGAUGGGUUUUCAAAUCAAUCUUUCCCACAGCGGCUGGAAAAGAUCCUUCGCUCGCUAUCGCACACCCUUGCAACUGAGUUGAGUCAAGGGCUUCCCAGAUGUAUUUUUUCGCCUUUUAUUUUAGUUGCGCCAGAAAAGAAAGAUGCCGAUUCAUUGGUCGGAUCUCUUAACCGAGCGAAGAAAAUGAUAUCCGAUGGCUGCUGUGUGGAGGCCUUCACUUUACUGACCGAAAUUUCGGCAUCCAAAGCCGCCGUUUCACCGGAAAUGUGUGAUGAAAUCUCGUUUUAUCUUUCGGCUUUACUUUUCCUAAAAGGAUGUUUAGAUGAGUCUCUUUUUUACUACAACAAAAUAUCUACCGAUCGCCUUCCAAUUGCGCAUGUCAUUAGAUCGUCAAUAUUGCUUGAGCGCUCUCUGCUAGUCGAGGGCAAGGAGGAAAUAGAAAAGGCAAUUGCUACUGCAGCAAUUGCAGGUGCCAACCCUUCAAACCAGACCCUUGCUUAUCUUUACUACCAUCUUGGUGAAUGCGACGCAGCCCUUGGGAAUGCACUGGCCUCCAUUGCCGCAUACAACAAAGCGAUCAAAAUAGCUCCGGGUGUUAUCCAAUUUUACAUCCAUAAAUCACGCGCUUCAAUCGCGACAGGAAACAUCACGGAUGCCGAAAGUGCCAUUCAAGAGGCUCUUUCUAGAUUUCCAGGAAACCCUGAAGUUUUGAAUGCAUAUGGCGAGUUUUUAAUUCUCAAGGCAACCUCUUCAUCUCCCAUGGAAAUGCCAAACAAUGCAAACAUAUUUGACGUUGCACAAAAGACGCUCACCGAUGCGCUUUCGGUGUGUGCUGCACAAGGAAAAGAACCUAUGCCAUCGAUUUUCUUAAACCUUGCAAUAUUGACGCUAUACAUUUCCAAUGGCAAUGCUGCUCCCUCUUCGGCAAAUUCUGAGAACGAGCUUAAGGAACUUCGCCAGCAAGCCGUAGCUUUUCUUAGAAGGGCGAUUGAAAUCGACCCGCUUUAUGAUGCCGCUCAUAUCCAACUUGCCCAUAUUCUGAUAGCAAACGGCGAAAAUUCCGAAGCAAUCGAGCACUUUGACAAGGCAAUUGAAUCGUGCAGAUCAUACCAAGACAUUGCUCAAAUACUUUCUCUGAAGCUGGCCAGUAAGGCCCAAAUGCAAGCGUGCGCCGGAAAUCCGGAUCUCGAAGCGAAAAUCAGGUAG